CUUCCACUUUUCCCACUCAGUACCAACCUCCCAUCUCCCUCUCUCCAUCUCUCUCUCUCUCAGUGAGUAAAGAGCCAAAGCAAAAAGGUAAACGUUAGAGCAGAAGAAGCAACGUCUUCUCUUUUCAAACUCCAUCAAAUUCAAACCUAAGAGACUAGAGAGCCACACUGCUUUUUCAUUUGAAGCUUACGUUUUAUUGUAUUUAUAGAAACAAAAAAACUAUAAACCUAUCUUAUAAACUUUUUGAGAUCACUAAGCUAGAGGGAGAGAGGGAGAAACUUUGAGAGAGAAGAAAGAGAAGAGAGAGAGGAGAGAGAGGCAUGGAGGAGGGUAUUGGAGGGUUGAGGCAUCUGUAUAUGACAGUGUUUUUGUCUGGGUUUGCAAGCUUGAUGGUAAUUCCAGCCAUAACUGAUAUCACCAUGUUGGCACUUUGCCCUGGUCAAGAUGAGUGCUCUCUUGCCAUUUACCUCUCUGGUUUUCAACAAGCGAUCAUAGGAUUGGGGACGGUGGUCAUGACUCCGCUAAUUGGGAACCUAUCGGACGUGUAUGGGAGGAAGUCUCUGCUCACAGUCCCAUUGGCUCUUUCCAUUAUUCCACUAGUGAUAUUGGCGUAUAGCAGGGAGACAAACUUUUUUUAUGCUUACUUUGCGCUGAGGACAGUGACUGCCAUGGUAUGCGAAGGCAGCAUCAACUGCCUCACUCUUGCUUAUGUGGCAGACACUGUUUCUGAGAGAGAAAGAGUACCUGCAUUUGGAAUUCUAGCUGGUUUUCUUUCAGCAUCAUUUGUAUGUGGAACCUUAGCAGCUCGUUUCCUCUCCACUGCUUCAACAUUUCAGGUUGCUGCCUUCGCAUCAAUGCUGGCAACUAUCUACAUGAGAGUUUUUCUCAAGGAGAGCUUGCCAGGCAGGGACGGCACUUUGAGGCAGCCUAUCUUGAAGGGAGGAUCAGAUGCCAUUGAAGAAGAUGGCUACUCACCGGAGACAAUAGAAGUGUUUAAGAAGGUUCCUUCUGCAGGGGAUUUGAUUUGCUUGCUGAGGAGCAGUAAGACCUUGUCACAAGCAGCAAUUGUUUCCUUCUUCCAGAGUCUGGCAGAGGGUGGCCUGCAAGCUUCACUAAUGUAUUUCUUGAAGGCUCGUUUUCACUUCAACAAAAACCAGUUUGCUGAUCUGAUGUUGAUUGUGGGGAUAUCAGGAACCGUUUCACAGCUGCUUUUCAUGCCUAUGUUGGCACCUGUUAUAGGAGAGGAAAAGUUGCUUUCAAUUGGGCUCUUAGUGGGCAGUUUCAAUAUGUUUCUCAACAGCAUAUCAUGGGCAGUUUGGGUUCCUUAUGCCGCUACUCUGUUUUCUGCUUUUGGGUUUUUAGUGCAGCCAAGCAUACGCAGCAUUGCAUCAAAACAAGUUGGGCCCAAUGAGCAGGGAAAGGCUCAAGGAUGUAUUUCAGGCAUAAGUUCCUUUGCCAACAUUGUUUCCCCUUUAAUUUUUAGUCCUCUAACAGCUUUGUUCCUGUCUGAAGAAGCGCCAUUUUAUUUCCCUGGCUUUAGUAUAAUGUGCAUUGGCCUUGCAAUGAUAAUCGCCUUUGUUCAGAGUACAAUGAUAAGGGCUUCUCCUAUUUCAAGUCACAAAAUCAGCAGUAUCAUAUCUGUGGAUUCCACGUAGUAAGAAUCUGAAUUAUAUAUAAUUUUAACAUAAAGCAAUAGAUCUCUCCAGCACAAAAUUUGAUCGUAUGGAGCCCUUCAAUUUAUAGAAAGAAACAAACCCAAGAGCAAGAGCUAAACAGAGUUGCUAUGCAGACAUUCCCAAAGUUAAUUGGGGCAUUUAGCAGUUCAUAUCAGCUGGGUCCCAUGACAUUGGAUAUAGACCUCAACUAUACAUUGUAAAUGAGACUUAUGCAACCAGUUUGGUUAUGUGAGUUAAACUCAGUUAAACCCUCUCUCUCUCUCUAUAUAUAUAUAUAUAUAUAUUCUAUUUUUAAUUUCAAAGCUACAUGAUGACUCUGGAUUUGAAGAAUUGAAAGUUCCAUUUGUU